AUGAAUCCAAUAAGAGUGCUUAGCCUUCUGGCCUGCCUGGCUGUAGCUGCCAUGGCUAGCCCCACCACCCGCAUGCACGACAACACCGUUAGCCAGGCGCUGAAACCAUCGCAGUGGCUGUCGGUGCAAGAGCUGCAGGCCAUUCCCGCUGUCGAUGAGCUAACCCUGGAGCGAUUGGAGAACAUGUCCCUAGAGAAGGGCGCUGAGCUGUUACAGCAAGUGUAUCAUUUGUCGCAAAUCAAUCACGACGUCGAGCCCAAUUUCGUGCCCAGCAAUAUUCAGGUCUAUGUGCCCAAGCCCAAUGGUGACAAGAUCGUGGCUCCAAUCAGCGAAAUGAUCCAGCGUUUAAAGCAGAAACAGAACUUUGGACAGGAUGAGGUUACCAUCAUUGUUACUGGCCUUCCUCAGACAAGCGAGACCGUGAAAAAGGCAACCCGCAAGCUCGUCCAGGCUUACAUGCAACGAUACAAUCUGCAGCAACAGCAACAGCAAGCUCAAAAGUACAACAGUGAAUCCGAAGAGGACAACAAGCGUCAGCGCACUUCCAGCGAGGAGGACUACAGCGAGCAGGCCAAGAACGCCAACACCAACACCGGCGACAUUAUUGUUAUUGACUUGGGCUCUACCCUGACCAACUACAAGCGCUACGCUAUGUUGGACAUUGAGAAGACCGGCGCUAAGAUCGGCAAGUGGAUUGUGGAACUGACCAGCGAACUGCAAUUGCCCCAUGAGACCAUUCAUAUGAUCGGCCAAAACGUAGGCGCUCAUGUUGCUGGCGCUGCUGCCAACGAGUUCACCCGCUUGACUGGCCAUAAGCUGCGCCGUGUCACUGGUCUGGACCCCAGCAACAUUGUUGCAAAGAACCGCUACACACUUACCGGUCUGGCCCGCGGCGAUGCCGAGUUCGUUGAUGCUAUCCACACGUCCGUCUACGGCAUGGGCACGCCUAUUCGCAGCGGUGAUGUUGAUUUUUACCCCAAUGGACUGGGAGCUGGUGUUCCCGGUGCUGAAAAUGUUGUGGAGGCCUCCAUGCGUGCCACCCGCUACUUUGCCGAGUCCGUUCGCCCUGGCAAUGAGCGCAGCUUCCCCGCUGUUCCCGCAAACUCGCUGAAACAGUACAAGCAGAAUGAUGGAUUCGGAAAGCGGGCAUACAUGGGCAUUGACGCUGCCUACGACAUCGAGGGCGACUACAUCCUGCAGGUUAAUCCUAAGAGCCCCUUCGGUCGUAACGCACCUGCCCAGAAGCAGAACAGCUACCAUGGUGUGCACAAUGCCUGGGAAAGCAACAAGGACUUUUAAUAGGCUUUCAGCUCCACCACCGUAGACUGGAAACUAGACAAAGCUAAGACAACAUCAACCGCUUCUUAUAUUGAACUUAAAUGUUAAG